AUGAAUACAUUAAUACGAUCAAUUUUCUCUGCUAUUCUGCUCAUGACCCUGUUUUUGAGUACAACUAAUGCCCAGGUUUACAAGAAAACUUCAGCCACUAAAACCUCAACCAAAACAACAGCAACAACACAAUGGCCCACCUCUGUUUGGUAUACCAAAGUCACAGCUGGUGUCACAACUGCUUACCUGAGUGCAUUUUACCAGUCGUUUGAUCCCAUGUACACUGCACUUCAAGAGCCUUCAUCUGGAACCAUUGGUCUGGGGACUUUAAGUGGUACUGUCGGGACAGUACGACCAUUGAAGACUUUAACUGUCACUACCAAGCAUUAG